AUGUCAUCGUCCCUCAGCAACAGCAAUCGGUCGUUCCCGGGCCUUGAAGCCAUUCUUCACCAGCCACAAGCCGACCCUCAGCAGCCAGAGCCAGCUGAAACCACACGGCCCCCAGUCUCUGGCCCCCGGGACGACAAUUACUAUGCGUGGCUGCGACACUGGCUGCGAACUUGCCGAUCAACGCCGCUCCACCAGUUCAACUCUCAAACUAGACGGGAGCAAGACAAGCUCGAACGCCAGAGAAGUGGUAUGAAAGCAGGUCGAAGACAGACACAGCCAUGGGAUGACUCUUCCGAUAUUCGGGGCAACGCCUAUAACAACGUUCGAAACAGUUGGAUAGAACAGGGCAUCUGGAGGAAAGCAUGGGAUGAAGCCUGGGCUAAGGAAACAGACGUCGGAUUGUUCGAUCCAUCCCCUCGCUCCCUCACACCGGAACCGACUAAGUCGCGGCCAGGCUAUCAAUGGGGCCAUGAGGACGGAGGCCCGCCGCCAGACCAGGAGUUCGGGCCGGAUCCGUUUCGAACGAUUUACGUUGUUGGAGAGCUGGGAAUGUCUGAGGAAGAGUUUCAUCAGCGACUGCCCAAAUGGUAUGUUCAAGGGUCCCUGGAGGGCCCCAAUUACCCGAUUCCGUAUCCCGGGGCUCGCAAUUCUGAAGGAUCACGCCCCUACCGCCAGUUCUUGUAUCAGAUUGUCAAGGAACGUGAGUGGAUAAAAGAUGAGAUGGACUUUCAGAUACGCCCUUAUAAUGUCGAUCUUGAUUCCAUGGCCUACGAAACUGUCAAGAACAACUGGAUCGAGGAUCGCGUCUGGAAACCCGAGUGGAACGAGCUACCGGGGAGUACUUGGGCUCAUGAAGAUCCCAUCGAAGAACAGGAUAAAGUGAAAUAUGUUGGUACUGUUGAUGACUCGGGCGAGCAGCCAAGCAGUGUCGCUCAUGGCCCGGGUAAACAGCCGAGCGAGAUCGUUGAUGACUGGUUGGGAGUUCCAGUCUCACAACGACGUGAUCCCUUUAGUGGGGAACUGCUAUAUCCUAAAGUCACACAAGGCUGCACCGACGGCACAAGCAACCUGGAACAGGCUUCUAGGGACCAACAGGGAACCCCCAAUUCGCCGCGGGGGGGAACUCAGGGCAGCGAAUUCUCCUUUGCCGCAACUCUUGGCCCCCAGGUGCAAGUCCAACCUCCUGGAAGCCAUGGCGAGGCAUUCAAGGGCGGCGGGAAAUCGAAACUUGCCAGAAGGCAAAGCGAUGACUUUGGCAAGCAGCCUCCAAAACGGCCGAGGCAUACCCCUCAACACUCUGUUCCCUCUUCCCAUGAAGCAUCGGAUCCUGCUGGUACAGGCAAAGAAUCGCCCGCCCCGAAAGGCGUCAUCACGAAGGGUGAGCAGUUAGCCAAGGGGGAAACUGCAGGGGCUGCUUCCAAUCCGCGCCGUCCCAGUCCACGGACUUCUGACACUGCUCCAGAACAUCAAGGGGGUGAAUCGAGCUCUGUGCAGACGAAGGGUGCAAAGCGGCGCCGACCAAGGCGAGGUGAUCAUGAUGACACGCCGAGAAGUGCAAAGAGACAGAAGAAGAGUGGCAAGCACGGUCGAGGCAAAAAGUAG